UCCUAUAAACCAUAGCAUAUAAAUAUCCUUAAUUCCAACCUCUGCUUUGCUCAUCUCAAAACCAAGCCAAUCUCACACAUUAAUACUUCUUCUUCUUCCUAAUCAACAAUGUCUCGUCCACUGCAGACAAUCUUCUACUUGACCUUGAUUGCAUUUCUAGCAGCGUAUCCUGCUUUCGCUCGUGACUUCUCGAUUAUCGGUUACUCCCCCGAUGACUUGAGUUCAGAAGAGAAACUUCAUGAUCUAUUUGUAUCAUGGAUGUCAAAGCACCUGAAAAUUUACAACAGCCUUGAAGAAAAGCUGAUCAGAUUCGAGGCCUUUAAAGAUAACUUGAAACAUAUUGAUGAGAGGAAUAAGCGCGUAAGCAGUUAUUGGCUUGGGUUGAAUGAAUUUGCAGAUUUGACUCAUAAAGAGUUCAAGAACAAAUACUUAGGCUUGAAAGUUGCAGAAAACAGAAAUGUGGAUUCUUCAGAAGAUUUCACCUACAGAGAUGUGACAAAUAUACCAAAGUCUGUAGAUUGGAGAAAGAAAGGAGCUGUUGCACCAGUCAAGAACCAGGGCGCAUGCGGAAGUUGCUGGGCAUUUUCAACUGUUGCUGCAGUUGAGGGCAUAAAUCAGAUUGUCACAGGAAACCUAUCUUCUUUGUCUGAGCAACAGCUAGUAGACUGUGAUAUCAGCAACAACGGCUGCAGCGGUGGGCUCAUGGAUAAUGCAUUCAAGUUCAUAGUCACUAAUGGUGGACUUCAUAAAGAGGAGGACUACCCUUAUCUUAUGGAGGAAGGAACUUGUGAAACAAAAAAGGAACAAAUGGAAGUAGUGACCAUUAAUGGUCAUCGAGAUGUUCCACAGAAUGAUGAAGCAAGUCUACUGAAGGCACUCGCUCACCAGCCUAUUAGUGUUGGGAUUCAGGCUUCUGGAAGAGACUUCCAAUUUUACAGUGGGGGAGUUUUUGACGGGCCUUGUGGAACUAUGUUAGACCAUGGAGUAGCAGCUGUAGGGUACGGAUCAGAUUACAUCAUUGUGAGAAACUCAUGGGGACCAAAAUGGGGAGAACAAGGAUACAUAAGAAUGAAGAGGAACACUAGACACCGUGAGGGACUGUGUGGUAUCAACAAGAUGGCUUCUUAUCCAAUCAAAAACAAAUGACGGUAUUGACACAAGUUUCUAUCCUCAAUCACCCUCCUUCCUGCCUUUGCAAUCCAAGCAACAAUCAAUAAUAAGUGUAUAUGUCUAUACAAAAUUUAUCAUCAAAUAUGACAGAAAGCAUUCUGUAUAUUUCUCAUAAAAAUUAUGGAAAUUCAAAGCAUUUUCUUCUUGGUC